AUGCUACGUCCCUUCUCGUGCUACAAGCGCCUAAUAAUUACCACCACAAGAUAUUUUAAAAGUAGUCGUUUGGAAGAUAUAAUGGCACAACCACCACCGUACUCCAUAUCAUUAACCGUUGUUGGCAAUGGACGGACUGGUUCCUCAAAAUCUGUGCUUAUUGAUACAGGAGUAUGCCGUUAUUUGGUCAACUGUGGUGAGUCGACUCAAAGAGUCUUGGCAGAAUCUCGAAUGCAAUCUACGCGCGUACAACACGUUUUCCUUACGCGUAUGUCCUGGGAAUGUACUUCUGGAUUACUGGGUGUGGCAUUGACUGCAAAAGCCGCAGGAGUCAAAAAGUUGACCAUACAUGGACCUCCAGAGUUAGAACAUUUGAUGCAACUGACUCGUCCGUUCGCUGAUAGUAAUACAACCGAUAUCAUCAUGAGUGAAAUUCACAAGAAGUGUUACACUGAUCAUGCAUUUCGCAUACAGUCUUUCCAAAUAUUCAAGCCAAUAAAUGUAAAUGAAGAACCAGUCUCCAAACGACGGAAAGAAAAUCUGAAUUGUGUACCUGAAUCUAAUGUUUUUAUUUACUAUUUCCAGACAUUCCGUACACGUCGGAAGUUGAUUAUGUCAAAAUGCAAUGAGGCACUUAUACCGGUAUCCGUUAUAAAGUCCGGGAAAAUAAAAGCCCUUAUUAAUGGAGAAAAUUUAAUUUUAGAUAAUGGACGUGUAAUCUCUCCAGAUGAAGUAACUUUGCCAUCGUCACCACCAAAAAAUAUGCUCUUCAUUGACUGUCCGAAUCUUGAUUACAUCCCUUCAUUUCUAUCUAACGAACAGUUUUUCAACUCUCUUCAGGCAGAGGAGCCCGAUGAAAAUCUAGCCUCGGGUGUAUCUUUAGUUGUUCAUUUUACACCACCAGGUCUGUUCUUUUCAGAUCAGUACCAAAAAUUUGUACAGAAGUUGGAAGAGUGUGCAUCACAAAGAUCAGAUACAAAUGAUCUAACUACAACUCUAAAACACUUAGUUGUUGACGGCACUGGUUCUGUGACUGAUCGCGUUGGUAUGUAUUCUCAAACAUUCAUUCUGAAUCGGUUUUUCGACUCAAAGGUCUAUCCACUACUUUUUGAUAUGGUAGAUCCUGAUACUGUUUCUAAACGGAACGAAACAAUAUCAAAGGAUAUUGAUCCUUUCUCUUCUGUUGUAACUGCUGAACCUUAUUUGCGAUUUUGUUUAAGACCUUGGGGAGGAUUUAACAAACCUGCUUAUCCAAAUUUGAAUGGUGAUGAGUUUGUGUCGCAACUUUUUGAUCCAUUUUAUAUGAGUUUACAAGAAGCAGAGGAACAAUUUGUUAAGAUGAGAGAAUCUGUUGAAUCCAACAAACUAUCAGCUCAUAGAUUAGCAUCAGAAGCGUAUCCUGAAAUCACAUUUCUUGGCACUGCAUCCUCUUCUCCUAAUAAAUAUCGUAAUAUCAGUUGUAUUCUCAUGCAGUUAGAUCCAGAUAAUUACAUUAUGUUGGAUUGUGGAGAAGGUUCCUUAAAUCAACUAUAUGCGUUGUAUGGUAUUGAAAAAGGGAAUGAUGUUUUGCGAAAACUUCGAUUAAUUCUCAUUACUCACAUGCAUGCUGAUCAUCAUGGUGGUGUCUUUACAGUGGCUUUAGUUCGUUCCAAUAUACUUAAAUCAGAUAAUAUCGAUCAAUCAAAUUAUUUAUUACCUGUUCUUGCUCCAUCAGCAUUCUAUCAUUGGUUACUUAAUUUCCAUGAACUUUUCCAUUAUGAUCAAAUUAUUAAUCCAUUCAUCAUACCAAGCCUUUAUAAUGAAUCGGAUGAUAAGUCAAAUCCAUCAUGGUUAUUAAACAUGAAACGAAAUGAAACAAAACAUUGGUUGAAAUUAUUAGAACAGCUUAAUAUCAAUAUUAGACCUGUUAUGGUUCCACACACACGUUCAUCAUGGGCGUUUAUUAUUGAUAAACCUUAUCCCUCAGAAAGUAUAACAACCAGUAAAAAUAAUGCAGAAACACAACGAAAAUGGUCUAUUGUAUAUUCUGGUGAUACUCCUCCAUGCCCUGAACUUAUCAAAGCUGGCAAAAAUUGCGAUUUACUCAUACAUGAAGCUACUAUGGUUGAUGAACAUGAAGAUUUAGCAUUGAAAGCAAAGCACAGUACAACAAGUCAGGCUAUACAAGCUGGACGCGAUAUGAAUGCUUCAUUCAUUCUGCUGAAUCAUUUUAGUCAACGUUAUGGACGUAUUCCACCGAUACAUGAAUUUGAAUCGAAUGUAGCUGCAUCUUUUGAUUUUAUGACGGUGAAAUUUUGUGAUCUACCACGAUUACCUUAUUAUAUUCCAUAUUAUCAGUAUGCAUUUGCUAAACAUUGGACUAUAGCCAGAUCUAAAGCAGAUUCUUAUGCAUAUCGUAGACUUCGUGAGGCUGAUGAACAACUGGCUGAAAGUAAAGAUGCUAAUUGUACAAAAAUUACCGACCAUGAUGAUGCUGAUAACGAUGAUAAAUCUUUGUUAAAUGUACAAAAUCGUAAAAAAAUAAAUUUAUAA